AUGCCGCCUAUUGCCCCCUCCUCCGACGACUUCUUCAACGACGCCUCGCGCCCCCUCCCCAGCGAGAUCCCCAACGACGUGGACGCGCACCCGGACGCCUCGAAUGUCCCAAAGACGAAGCGCAUCGCGUGCGUGCUGUGUCGGAAGCGGAAGCUGCGCUGCGAUGGGACAAGGCCGGCGUGCGCGACGUGUACGCGGCUGAACCAUGAGUGCACGUAUGAUGAGGUGCGGAAGAAGAGUGGGCCGAAGAGAGGGUAUGUGAAGCAUUUGGAGGCGCGGUUGGCGAGGUUAGAACAGGCGGAGAAUAUCGUCAAGGCGAGAGAAGCUGAGCCACCUACGAGGAUUGUUCCCGAUGCGCGGAAUACGAGUUACGGUCUCGGGGCCACCGGCUCGGAGGGACUGAACGUCUCGAUGGGAGGGACGGAGUCAAUAUUGAACGGCACGAGCGCCAUCGCUCCAGAUGGCUUCGGUCUCAACCCAACGACACCUAAUACUACGAACGACAACGAACCGCUGUCCUGGGAGAUGAUCGGCCUGGGGUUGGAAGAGCCGCUUCCGAGUCAGGAGAUCAUUAACGAAUUACAUCAGAUGUACUUCGAGAAAGUCCACCCGUCGAUGCCAAUGAUCCAUCGUCCCCGCUACUUCGCCGCCAUGAACCUCGCUCCGAAUAUGCGACCGCCCAUCGCCCUCCGCUAUAUGAUCUGGUGCUCCGCGGCCACCAUCACCGACCGCUUCGAGUCGCUCCACGAGCACUUUUACUUUCGUGCGCGGAAAUACUUGCAGCUGGAUGAGAUGAAAGGCCACGGGGAGAACAUCAUCACCGUGGCGCACUGCCAGGCGUGGAUCCUGGUGUCAGCGUAUGAGUUCCGGCAUAUGUAUUUUCCGCGCGCCUGGCUGAGCGUGGGACGUGCGACGCGGUUGGCGCAGAUGAUGGGGCUGCAUCGGUUGGAUGGACAGGGGCUGGACGUCAAGCAGUGCAUUUCGCCGCCGAAAGAUUGGGUGGAGCGGGAGGAGCGGAGACGGACAUUCUGGAUGGCAUAUUGUAAUGACCGAUAUGCUAGUAUUGGGACCGGGUGGCCGAUGCAGAUCGAGGAGGCGGAUAUCAUGAGCAAUCUUCCCGGGGCGGACGAGGCGUAUCACUGCAGUAAACCUGGACUAACCUGCUCACUCGAAGAAGUCUUCGAACCCGGCGGUGCAUCCAACCUCUCCUCGUUCGGCGGCAUCGUCGUGAUGGCCUGCCUCCUCGGCCGCAAUCUCACCCACCUCCACCGCCCUAGCCCCGCCGACGCCGCCGAUGACCUCAACGGCGAGUUCUGGACCCGCCAUCGCAAGAUGGAAUCCCUCCUCUCCACCACCGCCCUCAACCUCCCCGACCACCUCCGCCUGCCUGCCGGCCUCGGCGAACCGAAUGUCAUCUUCCUGAACAUGAACAUCCACACCAGCGUCAUCUGCCUGCACCAGGCCGCCAUCUUCAAGGCGGACAAGCACCGCCUAUCCUCUAACAUCAGCUCCGAGAGCCGCGUGCGCUGCGUCACCGCCGCCGCGGAGAUCGCCCGCAUCAUGCGCAUGCUGACCCAUCUUGAUCUUUCUACUGUAAGACCUGAAAAUGGUGUGCGGUCCGUUCGACCAAGUUCGCUGGAACUGACACUCAACAAGACGAACCCGUUCAGCUCCUUCAGCAUCUACGUCGCGAGCCGUGUGUUCGUGCAGUAUUUGAAGUUCCGCCCCAAGGACCAGCCCAUGGUGGCGAAUCUGCAGUUCUUGCUCGAGGCGAUGCACGCGCUGAAGAAGCGGAAUCCGCUCACCGAGUCGUUCUUGGUCCAGUUGAACGUGGAUCUCGAGGGCGCGAAUAUCCCGAUCCAGCGACCGACUGUCAAUCGCAAUGGGUCCAACCCAGUCCCCGGGGGACAACACGUCGGGCGCGUCUUCGAGCAGGACGGGCCCGCUAGGCCUGCAUGGGGAUUUCGGGUUCGCGGGGUGGAAUCUAGGGAACGGCGCCGCGAUGGCGCCGGGGGGCGGGGCAACGAUGGGGGUGGGGGCGAUGGGGGCGAUGGGGGGGCCGGCGACGACGGCGGGGCAGGGCGGGAUGGAUGCGAGUGCGGGGUAUGCGGAUUUCGGGGACUGGAGUAUGGGGGGGAUGGGGAUGGGGAUGGGAGCGGGGACGGGGAUGACGCCGGGGCCGACGGGGAUGACACCGGCGAAUGGGGAGUGGGCGAUGAUGGACGAUUUGCAUUGGCCGGCGAAUGGAAUUCCUUCUGGUGUACCUCAAUUAACGAUUCUCCUCCCUCGCCAUCCACAAUGUCCUACCCCGACCCUCCCUGCCCCUUCUGCACCAUCGCCUCCACCUUCCCUGGCCCCUCCUCCCACACCACCUCCUCCCCCAAUCCCCCCAAAUCAUCCCCCCCCAUCGCUCCCCUCCUUGCUGCCGUUCCCACGAACCCCGACCCCUACCAACUGUCCCCGUCCUGCUUCCUCGUGCUCGCCGCGGACGACACGCUGGCGUUCCUGGACAUCAUGCCGAUGACGCGCGGGCACCUGCUAGUGACGACGAGGCGGCAUGUGGAGAAGAUGGGGGGCGCGGAGGGGGAGGAGAUGGGGCGAUUGGCAUUUGGUGGUUUCGGCGGGUUGGACGGGGUUCGCGGGCGGUUUGGCGGUGGCACGGUUCCUAUGGUUCCUCGGAUCGCUGGAGUCCGCGGAGUGGGAUAUCCCAGCUGCACCACCUUCCACUCACCCCAACCACCUCAAUCCUCGACAUAUCCCCCUUACCCCACCAUCCCCUUCCUUACACGACCAAAGCUAACCCCCCUAGGCUUCUGGCUCCCCCUCCUCUCCCGCGCCGUCGCCCGCGUCACCGGCUGCACCGACUACAACCUCGUCCAAAACAACGGCAUCUCUGCCGCCCAAGUGGUCCCACACAUCCACUUCCACAUCAUCCCGCGCGGCCCACUGAACGCCCCCUCCUCACAUGGCGCGACAUGGCGCAGUUGGACCAUGUUCGGGAAGGGCGCGCGCGAGGAUCUAGAUGAGGAGGAGGCGGAGGCGUUAGCGGGGGAGUUGAGGGGGGCGUUGAGGGAGGAGAUUGAGGGGUUGGGGGUGGGUGGGGGGAAGGGGAGGUUGUAG